CGUCAUCGGUGUAAUUGAGUAGUUUGUAAACUUUGAUUCGUCCUGUCCACGUGAUGAGACUUAUCACAUGAUAUUUGUGUAUAUAAAGAAGUUCGAUGUCAUUUAAUAUACAAGCAAGCGCCAUGAAGGUUUAUUUGUUGUUUUUAGCUUUAUUUUCCACCGUUCUUUCUGCUGGGGAAUGGCGCAAAGUUCCUACCAGCGAUUACGUGCAAAAGCUUGCUUUAUUUGGUGCCAAACGAAUUAAUUUAGGUACCAAUUCUAUCUACCAUCAUAAAUUAAUCGAUGUAUUACACGCUGAAAGACAGGUUGUUGCCGGAUAUAAUUAUAAGCUUAAUAUUAGCAUCGUGGAAACAGAAUGCAAGAAGACGCAGUAUUCCUUUGAACAGGCACAAAAAUGCAAUCCGUUGACUUCCAAGUCUUUGAAAGUCUGCACGGUUGUUAUUUAUGAAAGACCAUGGCUUAAUGAAACAAGUGUAACAAGCUUCACUUGCUCGCAAACUGCACAGAGUGUUGAAAGACGCAAUCUUGACUCCAUGCACAGACGUUUAUUUAAUAAAUUUGUGAAAAAAUACAGAAAAAAUUACGGAAAUGACUAUGAGAAAGAAAAACGUUUUAGAAUCUUCAAAGCAAAUUUAAAAAAGAUUAAAGAACUCAAUUCAAACGAACGAGGAACUGCCAUUUAUGGAGUUACAAAGUUUGCUGAUUUGAAUGAGAAUGAAUUUCGUAAGUACUUAGGAUUUCGUCCAGAUUUAGCCCGUGCCGAUUCCGUUCCUCCUUCUGCCGAGAUCCCCUCUUUUGACAUCCCGAAAUCUUUCGACUGGAGACAUUACAAUGUCGUUACUGAAGUGAAAAAUCAGCAACAAUGUGGUUCGUGUUGGGCCUUUUCCACUACUGGAAACAUAGAAGGUCAGUGGGCUCUUAAGAAGAAGAAGUUGCUCUCUCUUUCAGAACAAGAGUUAGUGGACUGUGAUAAAGUAGAUCAAGGCUGUGAAGGUGGUCUUCCAAGCAAUGCCUAUAAAGAAAUAAUUCGUCUAGGAGGACUGGAGACUGAGAAGGAAUAUCCUUAUGAAGCAGAUGAUGAAAAGUGCCAUUUUAAGAAGUCUGAAGCUCGAGUAUACAUUAAUGGUUCUGUUUCCAUUUCUCAGAAUGAAACAAAAAUGGCAAUUUGGUUAGUAAAGCAUGGUCCAAUAUCAAUUGGAAUUAAUGCAAAUGCAAUGCAGUUUUAUUACGGAGGAAUUUCACAUCCUUGGAAGUUUUUAUGCAGUCCAGAUAACUUAGAUCAUGGAGUUUUGAUCGUAGGUUAUGGUGUUCAUACUUAUCCAUUGUUUAAAACUACAUUACCAUUUUGGAUAAUUAAGAACAGUUGGGGAGCAGAUUGGGGUGAACAAGGAUAUUAUCGAGUAUAUCGAGGAGACGGAACUUGCGGAUUAAACAAAAUGGCUACAUCGUCUAUUGUUGAUUGAGAUAUCACUCAACUUUAGAGAAAUUUUAAUUACUACUUAAAUAUUUUUUAAUAUAUAAUAAUUAGGUAUAUUUUGUAUAAAAUUUAAAUAAUUAAUUUGUUUCUAUUACUAAUGACUUUGAAUGUUUUAUAAUUUA